CAACAGAUGACUAUCUUGAACAUCAGGCCCAAGAGUUCCGAGUGCGAGAUUGUAUUCAGAACUUGAAAUUUAAGGAAAGUGUGUACAUCUCAGAUUUUGUAUAGAAAUGAUAGACGCCUGACUGAUGUUUGUAGGUAUGGCAGACACCAAUCUCGCAUCGAUAAUUUAUGUAGAGCUGCAUAACUGCACUGCGAGAGAAUCCUGUUUAUAUCACAUACGAACAUGACGUUCAGCAUGUCCAAAGGAACUUGCAGUUUGUGGGUCGUAUUUUAGAGAUGCAAAGACAGCGUUCCCUGUAUUCAGUACCAUUUAAACUUGUGGGAAGCUUUACAGAGCGAGCCGCUCUUUUCCAAGAAACUGAGGAUAAGCUACAACAGGAUUCCUUGGAUCAACCUCGACCGUUUGCAGCCGCUUUUUGUGGGCCUGGCGGCACCGACAAGACUCAGUUAGCAUUAAAAUGUAUUGAAGACAACGACAAGUUUAAUCCGAUACUUUGGGUCGAUGCCGAGGAUCAGGAGACAACACGGACAAGUUUUAAACGAUGUGCCACUGACCUCAACAUUCGAGUAGAUCGAACCUCAGGGCAAGGGUUACAUUUGAGAGACUUACCUAACGUGCAAGCUAUGCGUCUGUGGCUUCAACACCGAAAAGAGUUGGAUGAAGAGUGACUGGUGGUUUUCGAUAAUGUUGACAACAUGGCCUGGGUGUCUUCGACACACUGCCUGAGGGUCAGAGAGGAAAUAUCAUUAUCACUAGCCAAGAUGGACAUUUGUCGAAGCUCCUCAAUGGUUGUGACAAAGUAUUAGUUGAUAUAAUAAAUUCCGUCGAGGCGCGGGCACUUCUUUUAUGGCAUCUCAAUCUUGGUCAUCAACCGGUAAGCCAGGACACUAAGGACUUAUGUGAUCAGGUAGCGAAGCGGCUGAAAAAUCUACCUUUAGCAGUUGAUCUUGCAGGG